AUGAAUUUUUUAAAUAGAGUUUCAAAAUCCAAAUCAAUUUUAAAAAGUUCAAAUUGCAUUAAUUAUUGUACAACUGCAAUACCAACACAAAAACAAAACUAUAGCACUAAAAAUGAAAAUACAACUCCUCCAAUAAAAAAUGACCUUUUUACACCAAAUACAUUUCAAAGUAUAGUUGGUUAUAUGAAUAAACCAUUCGAAGGAAAGCAAUCAGAAUAUUCACAAACCCACCACUCAGUAUUAAAUAUGACUUUAGAUCAAUUAAUCGAAAUGUAUAAGAAUAGAAAAGUUGUUGAUCUUAGUCAUGUUCCAACUUUAGACCCACAAGAUGUUUUUGUUAAUGGAGAACUUAAAUUAGCCGAAGUUGAUGUAUUUGGUUUUGAUUAUGACUAUACUUUAGCAAAUUAUAGUGAUCAAGUACAACAUUUGAUAUACGAUCUCGCCACUAGCUAUUUAGUAGAUGAACAAAAUUAUCCUGCUGAACUCAAGAAUCUUAAAUAUGAUAGUUUUGCGAUUAGAGGUUUACAUUUUGAUAUGAACCAUGGUUUAUUAAUGAAACUAGAUUUUUUAAAUAAUAUUCAGCCAGGUGCAAUUUAUCACGGUCGUAAAUCAUUAACAAAAGAACAGGUUAUCGAAAAAUAUGGCUCGAUGCAAUUAAAAAAAUAUUAUUGCGAAAACUUUUUAAAACCAAUGUCAGAUAUAUUUUGCCUCCCAGAAGCAUGUUUAAUUAGUAAUACUAUUCAAUAUUUAACAGAGCAUAAUUUAUCAUUCGAGCCAAGAAUUAUUUAUGAAGAUGUUACAAAAGCUGUUGGUAAAGUUCAUUUAGGCGGUGGCUUACAUGAUCAAAUUAUUGAAAAUCUCCCUCUCUAUUUGAACAAGCAUCCAUUAUUAGGUGAUUUCUUAUUAAAAUUAAAAAAAGCUGGUAAAAAAUUAUUUUUAUUGACAAACAACUCAUACUACUACGCAAAUCAUGGUAUGAAAUAUUUAUUGAAUGAUCAAUUAGGUGACGAAUAUACAGAUUGGACAGAUUUAUUCGAUGUAAUCAUUACACAAUGCGAUAAACCAUCAUUCUUUGGGAAAGGUAGACCCUUUAGACUUUUUGACCCAAGUUCACAAAGAUUAGAUUGGAGAGAAGUUAGCGAAUUUACACCAAAAAAAGUUUAUGUAGGAGGAAGUUUAAAGAAAUUUACAGAAAUUAGCAAAUGGAGAGGUAGAAGUGUAAUGUAUUUUGGGGAUCAUUUAUUUUCUGACUUGGUCGAACCUUCAUUAAGAGAAGGUUGGAAAACUGUUAGUAUCAUUAAAGAACUUGAAACUGAAGUCGCCAUUCAAAACUCACCAAAAUACAGAGAACAAUUAGCAGAUUUAUUACAACUCGAAGAUGUCAUUAGAAGAUGUCAAUUCUUCAAAGGUGAAAAGAAAGAUUUAUUUUUAGAAAAAUUAAAACAAGAAAGAUACCAAAAACGUAUAGCCUUAAAAGAACCAUUCAACCCUAACUUUGGCUCCAUCUUUAGAACCCACAGCAACCCAACCUCAUUUGCUUUAUCUAUUCAAAGAUAUGGUGAUCUUUAUACUUCGAAAAUUGAAAACUUUACAUCAUAUCCACUAAACUAUGUAUUUUAUCCAUCAAGAAACUAUCUUCCACACGAAUUUAAAUUAAACUAA